AUGAUUGGAGCAGGUAAGAAGAUCCCCGACGUCGUAGAUACAGACGCUGAUGAUAUCCAGCUAAAGUUGAGAAGCGGAACCGACCGCCCAAGUCCUUCGCUCUAUCACUAUGCUUUCAAUGCCGACAGACACGAUAAGCGCGCCGAUAAAAAUGAAUCGGUUGCUGAUCGGCUCAAGAACCUGGAGAGUCUGAUCGCCGCAGUUGCUGAAAAGACACAGAAGCUAAGCCCUACGUCUUCUAUGUAUAAUAAUGAUAACACGGCCCAGACACAACAUGGGGUAGCCGGCAUUGAUAACAUGCACCUUGCCGACAACUCCAGAUCAGAGGCUCUCGCCAACAGAGAGAACGCAGCUAGCGGCCUUGUAGGCCAAGUCGACUCGAGCCACUGGUCCUCUAUCUUGGAUAACAUCAGAGCUAUCCGCGAUGAAUUACCUGCUGCCAGCCCGCAAGCCUCGACCCUCAGCUCAGUUACGCUCAACAAUCACGCGUCCGCGAGUGACGCGGAUUUCGACAUGGGAUCCCCAGAUGGCGUGACCAUUGAGCGUAUUUUAUCAGACUUGCCGCCACGACAAGUCUGCGAUACACUUGUGUCUGUGUUCUUUCUAUCGCACUACACCAUGAUGCCUCUUCUCAGUCUAUCAGCAGGCGUAUAUGAAAUCUCAGGAAUGGCCCGGUCUUCCCAAUUCCCUAUCCCCUCCAGCAAAGCUCUGUCCAAAAAGACGCAAGAAUGUCUCCUCUUGAGUAACUACACCACAGCCAACGAACACGCCGUCGAAGCAUUCCUUCUUCUCCUCGUCGGAUGUUGGCUCCGUGCCAAAGUCUCCGAUACUAAUCUCUGGUUCCUCAUGGGUAGAGUAGUGCAACUUGCGAUCUGCAAGGGUUAUCAUCGAGACUCGACAAAAGUGCCAGGCUCUCAAGUCUCUCCGUUCGACGGGGAGAUGAGGAGACGAGUUUGGGUCUGUCUGUAUCAGCUUGAUUCUCUCAUGUCAUUCCAGAUGGGUCUACCAAGCAUGAUACCAUCAGACUUCUGCGAUACAGAGCUACCGAGGAACUUGAAGCAAUCGGACUUUUAUCCUGGUAUCGCGGAACUACCCCCGCCGAGGCCUCUUUCUGAGGCUACGACUAUCUCCUAUGCUAUCAUCAAAGCCUCUGUGAUGGGCAUGUUCAAGAAGGUAGUCAAACAUAUUCGAUACGUUACCCCAAUGUCCUAUGAAGACACAAUCUCACUAGACGCUGAAGUAAGGGCAGCGUAUGACAAGAUACCCGAUAACUUCAAGUAUAAGUCUCUCACUAGCUUUAUCGUCGACGAGAUUAGUAUCAUAAUGAGCAGAACAACUAUAGAGCUACUGUUCCUCAAGAGUAUCAUCGUUCUUCAUCGACAAUACCUUACAGAUCGACAAGACAGCAGGUUUGCGUUCUCAAGAAAGGCCUCUCUUGAGGCUGCGGAAAGGUUACUCGAAAGACAGGCCGAGAUAAACCAGCUUACGUUGCCAGGUGGUUUACUUCAUGAUAAGAAGUGGAUGAUCACGUCGUUGACGCUGAGUGAUUUUACGCUGGCUGCUAUGGUUAUCUGCUUGGAUCUCACCGUUGCCAUGCGAAAUAGUAUGAGAACGGGAACUAAUACAGAGGAAGAAGAACUUCGCAAGAACUUGAAUAUCAUCGAAAAGGCUCACGAGAUAUGGUCUAGUUCGUCAGAGACUUCGGAGGGACGAAUAGUUUCCCAUGCUCUAGACUCGACCAUCCGGCGCGUGAACGAUUUCAUCAACACCUCACCAGCUGCGCAGGGCUGGUCAGCUUCUGCAACAGAGACACCCGACUAUAUAAUGAACAAUUUCGACAUGAUGGACAGCAUUGACUGGAGUCUUCUCGAUAAUCAGAUCCAAGACCCAAGCAGCAUUCAAGACUUUGAUCUAGAUAUGUGGCUUAUGGAUACGGCUGGACCUCUGGAAUCGUUGUGA